GGAAGGCAGAAGGCAGAAGCUGGGGGGCUGCUGCCUAUAGCACUGUCAGCCCACCGUUACCCUCGUGGUGGCGCUGGUGCUGUGGGCGGUGUUUACAGGAAGGGAAGCGAAGCAGCAGCUCGAAUCAUUUAGAAACGUUAGACUUUCCUGCAGCCCGUCUCUUCACGCCCAGGCCUGCGGAGAUGUGGGGAUGUCGGGAUGUUUUUCUAAACCCGGAGACUCUCUGACCGCGUCCGGCAGGAGUUCAGUCUGUGGUUGGCAGCGAUUCUCGUCGUUUACCACAGCAGAGCUGGACAGCACUGGACGAGCAGUGAGACCAAACCUCGGCAUCUCUCCUCAGAGCACUUGCAUCGAAGAAGGUGGUGAAUCUUCUCUGUGAUUUUUGCUAAUGGCUUGGCAUUGUGUGCUGUGAUGCUGUGCUGGAGGAUGGCACAGAGACCCAGCCAUGGAGGGACGCAUGCCCAAAUUUGCCCCCAUCCUAAUUCUGUUGGCAUUAUCAGGAUUUGUACUGCUCAUACUCAACAUCACCUCAAUGGAAAAGCUGAACUGUCAGACAAUGUCUGCUUUCUACCAGAUCCAGAGCAGCAUCCACUCAGCCUUUAAAACACCUGAGGUCUUGCUGUCGGUGGAGCUCAACCACACGUACUGCGCCCGCCUGGGCCGGGAGCCCACUGCAGAGGAGGCCAGAGAAGAGAGCGAUCUCCUCAAUUCCAUUUCCUGGCCUGGACCCCUGGUGCCAGGACUCCCUCUGCGGCUCAGUAGUGACCCUGCCCAAAGCUACUUUGUGAUCAGGGGGCCAGCGGAGCAGCAGGAAGGUGGUCAGUUGGUGGUGGACGUCUAUAUGCUGAAUUUCAUGGGGCAGCCUAAGAAGCAUGGGGGAGACUUUCUGGUGGCCCGUCUGCAUUCACCAGAUCUGGGGGCGGGCGUGGUGGGCCAGGUGCAUGACCACCAGAACGGCAAUUACACAGUGCUGUUCCCAUUGCUGUGGGCAGGAGUGGUGCAGGUGGAGCUCACUAUGGUGCACCCCAGCGAGGCGGUGGUGGUGCUGAAGAGGCUGAGGGAGGAGCAGCCAGACCGGGUGUUCUUCAAGAGCGUUUUCCGUUCCGGCUUCCUCUCUGAGACCACUGUGUGCAACCUGUGCCUGCCCCACAAGGAGCAACCUCUCUGCAACUUCACUGACUUGCAAACUGGAGAGCCCUGGUACUGCUACAAGCCCAAAAUGUUAGGCUGCGACACCCGAAUCAAUCAUUCAAAGGGAGGUUAUAAGAAAAACCUCCUUACAAAAAAUGAAACUCAGUUCUUCCAGAGUGGUGUAAAUAUCAAGGUUCCUAUACAUUCCUCAGGGAUGGACAAUGUGACUGUACUGCCUGCAGAAAAGGGUGUAACCAAAAUGAAAAGCAAUAAUUUCACCCCUGCGGGAUACUACUAUCAUGAUUCCUGGAGGCCUUUGAGUGGAACAGUCAUGCGCCAGUUUAAUGACUCAUCAGCCAUAACACAGUGUCUUAAAGGGAAGAUUAUAUACAUGUUUGGAGACUCCACUGUGCGGCAAUGGUUUGAGUACCUCAAUGCCUUUGUUCCUGAACUAAAGGAGAUCAACCUUCACAGUCCUAAGAACGUGGGGCCUUACAUGGCAGUGGACAGUGGACACAGCAUACUACUGAGCUACCGCUGCCACGGGCCACCCAUCCGCUUCACCUCCGUGUCCUCCCCGGAGAUGCACUAUGUAGCUAACGAGCUGGACAGGAUACGGGGUGGCUCAGACACAGUGGUGCUUGUGGGCGUCUGGUCUCACUUCAGCACCUUCCCUGUUGAGGUGUACAUCCGGCGGCUCCGGCACAUCCGCAGGGCUGUAGUUCGGCUCCUGAACCGCGAGCCGGCCACUUUGGUGGUUAUCCGCACAGCCAACCUCCAGAAGCUGGACCCCGAGUCCAGCCUGUUCAACAGCGACUGGUUCUCUCAGCAGCAGGACGUGGUGCUGCGCACCAUGUUCCGAGGGGUCAAUGUCCAGAUGCUGGACGCCUGGGAGAUGACACUCGCCCACCAUCACCCCCAUCUUCUGCAUCCACCCCCUACCAUCAUCAAAAACAUGGUGGACUUAAUCCUGUCCUACGUCUGUCCAGUCAGGAAAAAAAGAGAAGCACCUAGUAAAAGACUGAAACGUGACCCGUGAGGGUGUGAGUCUGAAACAGACCUGGCUCUUUAAGAAUUGUGAUAAAAAUUCUGCUUCGUGCCAAGUGAAUAUUAAUUUUCCAGUCAGCAAUGAAUGAACAUGCUCAAAUUUCCAUCUAAUUCUGAAAAUAAACACUUACCACAUGCAAAGUAAUUAACCGUGAACCACAAUUUAAAGGUGCAUCAAAGCAACUGUUUGCCAUCAGAUGAUAAUUACCAAUGAAGACACCUUCAGUGAUAGCCAUUCAGUUUUUUCAGUGGUGUUAAGCUGGAUAGGUUGUUAGAGAUUCAAUGGCAGGCUGCUUAUCUAGCUCAAUAGCGUUUUUAUCCACCAAGCACAAAUCACCAUUAUGGAGGCCAAGAGUGUUACAGAUUUAUGUAUAGGAGGGUUAAGCCUUUACCAAAGGGGUCUCGGGCCAUGCUCCUCCAGCAGAAUGUUUUUAAUGAUUUGUUUAUAGUGUAUUAAUCACAGAUCUUUUACGACCUAAACACUAUGUCUGUCCACCAGCACAGAUCAAACAGGUAUUAAAAAGGUAUUGAAGUCAAACAAUGCUAUCUCCUCUCUCUUGGAUGAGCUGCAGAUUCUAAAUAUGUUGUUCAAAUACACAGAUUACAGAUUGGUACAGUCUCAGUUUGUGCAACCAGACAGUGUGAUUUUGUUCUGUAGUUGGGUUUACAUGUUGAAAAGUUUGGGUCACUUGGCCACAGUAAAAUCUGACAGCACAAAACUACAUUUUCUCAGUUAUUAUUUUAUUUAGUCUCACAAAUGACAGGAUUAAUAUUCCAAAUUCAUCAUUAAUAUUAACUGAAAGCUUAAACAUCACUCACUCGCUUUCUUCUUGAUCAGACCUGCUUCUUCAGCUCUGUCAGUCUCCUUCACCUUCUUUCUCUCCAUCUCCUUGCCUGGUUAGUGACAGUAUUUUUAUUAAACUCAGAUUUACAAGAAUUCAAGGAUUAAUGAGUUUUUGUUUGAGUAACUGAUGAGAGUUCCUCAUUGUACCAUUGUUUUCAGUAAAACAAUGUAAGGCUAAUACUGGUAUCAUUGUUUUGAAGUACUUAAAGGAAAUAUGAAAACAAAUAAUCUGUCAAACGCCAGCUAUAUUAACCACAGUUUGCACAAAUCCAUAUCUUAGGUGGAUAUCCCGUACAAUACCCAUCACUGUUUACUAUAUGAGAAGGUCGACUGGUCAUCUCUGGCUCUGCGGGAGACACAUUGGCUUCUUUUUAUCUAUAAAGCACUUACUGGCCAUCAUGCAUCACAAAAAAGCUCAGUGUAAAUAAUGCAGUUUAUCAGACUUAUUCCAGUGACUGGGUCACUCUUCAGGUGCCGAGAGCUUUUCCUGAUCUGGGAAAAUAUGCUUUUAGAUACAGUGAACCACCGAGCUGGAAUGCAUUUACAGGAAGCCUCACUACAGCAAGCUUUGCUCCCGGUUAACUCUUAGUCUCUAACCACCUCCACUCAGCCCACAACUAUUUAACUUGAUUUUAGUUAACUUUUAAUAUGUUUUAGUUAUUGAUACACUUUUAUUAUUCUUUUUGUUUUAUUAUCAACUUUUACAUCUUAGUUACUGCUAAGUUGUUUUACAUUUUCUAUUCCUUUACUUUAUUAUUUAUUUAUUUAUUUUAUCCUUAUUUGGUCUGCAGUUUAUUAAGUUAUUAUAUUGUUGCA